GGGACGGGUGGGUGGGGGGGGCAGCGGCAACAUGCUGGUGCCGAGUACGGUGGUACGCAGCGGGGGGCUGCUUUCGGGUGCCCGCCUGGGCUGUCGUGUGCGGGAGGAGGACGUGGGACGUCGCGAGACGUUCAGUGCCGAAUGGCUGGACCUGGAGCUCAGCACCCGGCCUGAGGACGGGUGGUGCCGGCGGGAGGUGGACGAGCAGCGCCGGGAGACGGUGGAGCAUCGUGGGGAGAUGCGGGUGCUGGAGCAACGCUCGCCCUGGGGGCUGCUGCGGUUCGGAUUCUUGGGGCAGCCCCUGACCCAGCACCUCCUGCCCUACGCCCGCACCUUGCCCCUACCCCUCUUCGCCCCCCCGGACCUCCGCGGUGCCAAGGCGGGGGUCCCCCGCACCCUCUCCCGCUCCCUCUCCCACGAGGCCCAGCGGGGUUGAGGGUGUCGGUGGGGAUGGGGA